CGCGGCGGCGGCGCGCUUCCCGGAACAGCCCGCGGAGGGCAGCACGGCUAGAACCCACCCGCGGCCGCAGCUCCCGCGCGGACAUGGCUGCGGAACCCGGGGAGCGGGCGGCGUUGGCCCUGCGCGCCUGACAGGUGCGGAGCAUGUACGGCAAGGCGGGCAAGGGCUGCGCGCCCUCGGACGGCCAGGCGCGCGAGAAGCUCGCGCUGUACGUGUAUGAGUACCUGCUACAUGUAGGCGCACAGAAGUCGGCUCAGACCUUCCUGUCUGAGAUCCGCUGGGAAAAGAACAUCACCCUGGGCGAGCCCCCUGGCUUCCUGCACUCCUGGUGGUGUGUCUUCUGGGAUCUCUAUUGCGCAGCACCAGACCGCAGAGAAGCCUGUGAACACACCAGUGAGGCCAAAGUCUUCCAGGACUAUAGUGCCGCCGUCCCCAACCCUGUGAUGGGCGCCAUGGCCCCUAACGACACGAUGGGGGCACCAGGCUUCUUCCAGCCCUUCAUGUCAUCACGGUUUCCAGGGGGUGCCCGGCCCACCCUACGGAUGCCAGGACAGCCUCCUGUGGGCCUCCCUGGGUCCCAGCCCAUCAUCCCUGGUGCCAUGGACCCCUCCCCACGCGCACAAGGGCACCCCAGCCUGGGAGGCUCCAUGCAAAGAGUGACACCUCCGAGGAGCAUGGCCAGUGUUGGGCCCCAGGGCUAUGGAACUGGCAUGAGGCCCCCACCCAAUUCCCUUGCAUCCAGCCAGGUCCUGCCAUCCAUGAACAUGGGUCCGGGGGUGCGUGGCCCGUGGGCCAGUCCCAGCGGUAACUCGAUCCCCUACGCUUCCUCAUCUCCUGGCAGCUACACGGGACCCGCAGGAGGAGGCGCCCCCGGAACACCCAUCAUGCCCAGCCCUGGAGACUCCACCAACUCCAGCGAGAACAUGUAUACCAUCAUGAACCCCAUCGGGCCGGGCGCCGGCAGGGCUAACGUGAGUGGGGGCCGGUGCGCCUCACCCGACGGGGACCCCGCGGGGGGCGGCCGGCCCGAGCCCCACGCUGCCCUGUGCCCGCAGUUCCCGCUCGGCCCCGGCCCCGAGGGCCCAAUGGCCGCUAUGAGCGCGAUGGAGCCGCACCACGUGAACGGAUCCCUGGGCUCGGGCGAUAUGGACGGGCUGCCGAAGAACUCCCCUGGCGCCGUGGGCGGCCUGAGCAACGCCCCGGGGACCCCGCGCGACGACAACGAGAUGGCGGCUGCCGGGACCUUCCUGCAUCCGUUUCCGAGCGAAAGCGUAAGCGCCUGCGUCGACUCCCCACCCGCGGCCGCGGCGGGCCGGAGGGGCCUGGCGGGCAGGCCCCGGCGGGGCGGCCGCGGGGCCAGAACAAGACCAUGACCGCGGCGGGCCAGGUGGGGGGGGCGGCGCGGCACCUUCCCCUCCUCCCCACCCUCCCCGGGUUCUCCCCUGUCCCCGGGAGGGCGGGCCCCAGCCUCGGCCAGAGCUGAGCCGCGCCCGCGCGCCGCCCUCUCUCCGCAGUACUCCCCCGGCGUGACCAUGAGCGUGUGAUAGCCCUGGUCUGCGCCCAGUGUCCUGCUGGCAAGGUCUGGGGUCGCGCCCCACCCGGACUCCUGGCCAGCUCAGCCUGGAUGGCCGGCAGGGCCCCCCACGAAGGACUUUAUCAUUUUCUAAACACACACGCACGCACACAGUGCAAGGACCUCAGAGAAGGGCAGGCCUUCUGAACUGUGCGCUGUCACGGGGCUGGGGGUGGGGGGCGCACAGCCAAUAAACACCAUUCGAUUUUU